AUGUCAGAAAUUAAGCAAUUGUUAAAGGAAGCCAAAAAUGAAUUGGCAAGAGGUGAUUAUGAAGAGGCAAUUGAAAUCUCUCAAAAAGUGUUAAAACUUGAGAAGCGUAAUUAUUUUGCUUUAGUAUUUUUAGGGAAAGCUUACUCAAGUAACUCCGAGCAGUUCGACUUGAAGAAAGCAUGUGAGUACUAUAUUAGAGGCGUUAAGAUCGACAAGGACUUGACUUUGGCUUGGAAGGGUCUCUUCCUACUAUUCAACAAUCACAUAGCAGAUAUAUUACCUACAAUACUGCCAUAUAAGGAAUAUUUCGAGUUAUGUUACGAUUAUAUGGUUGUACUGCAAUCACAAGAGCUUUCACAGGUGGAACUUCUUGAUUCUUUAAAAUCAUUAAAAAUUCUAUUUAAAGAGAAAACUGCAUUCCUUAGAGAAUUCUAUUCAUAUUUUAGACCAGGUACACCAGCAUAUGAAACAUUAGGAAAAAAUUUAAUAACGCCUGUUGAAGCAUUGACAGGAUUAAUUAAGAUUGUUAAGAAAGAAGAAAGUGAAAAAAUCUCAAAAAUUGUAAGCCAGCAAAGAAUGAAAAUGAGUGCUAACGAUCCAAAUUAUCAAUUCAAAAUUAAUGCAUUAGCUUGGGAAGUUUAUGAAAACUCCAAUCUUGAUAACGAUUAUAAUCAAUUGGUUAACCUUGUGGAUGACGACCUAGAGAGAAGGUCUGUUGAAAGUGAAUGGUUGGAAUAUAGAAUUAAAGUUUUAAAAUCGAUGCCUAAUGAUAUUAAAUCGGAGUAUUUCGAAAAAGUUAGUAAUAUGGUUUCUGAUAUGAUACUUGUGAAUCACGACUCAUUAGUUGCAUGGAAAUAUUAUUUCGAUUGGCAAGACUUCCAAAGUUUAGAUGAUAUCGAUCCUAAAAUUGUCCUACAAUUUUUUGCUAAAUAUCCUGGUGAACCAUUAGCUAUUAUUCUAUAUGCAUGGAUUAAUUCUGUUUUUUCCGCUUAUGAUAUGAAAUCACUUGAUAAAGAUAUGAACCAGUCUAAAACAAAAUCAGACCAUCACGAAAGUGAACGUGAAGCCUUAGAAAAUGACGAAAAUGCAAGUGAAGAAGAAAAUGAAUUAAACUCAUUGCUUGAAGUCGAAGAAGAUUCGUCAGGGAUUAUGAAGGAAGAAGAUAUCUUAUUGAGUUUUGUUGACAAUAUAGGCAAGAUCAAAAAUAGUAUAAUGGCAUAUCGUAUUGUUUCGCAUUAUUAUCUUCUCAAUAAGGAAUAUAUCGCAUCUUUACCUUACAUUAAAUCUGGUAUCACAUUAAUAUCAUAUAAUCAGAGAGAUCUAGGUGCUAACUUAAGAAAUAGUAAACAUGAACUGACUAUCGACAUUGCCACAUGUUACACUUACGUGGAUGCACCCAAGAAUCAUCAAUCUGCAUUAUCAUUGUUCGAUAAGAUCUUAUCGGAAGACCCACAUAAUGUUAGGUCAAUGAUUGGAAAAAGUAUUAUCAGUAUCGAAAAACAAGAUUGGAAAAGUGCUUAUGAUCUAUUAUCAGAGGUAGUAGAGCAGGUCCCAUCGAAUUUGGAAGUUCAAUCCCAAUUAGCAUGGUGUAAAGCUCACCUCCAUGAGAUAGAUGAAUCACUAGAGCUAUUCACCACUGUAAUCAACAAGAUCGAGGGUGGGGAUAAUCGUACAAUGGAGUUCAAAUCAGAAACGUUAUGGAGACAAGCAAAGACCUAUUUGUUAAGACAAGAAGAAUCAGGAAGUGAUACGGAUUUACAACAUGUUCAAAUUGCAUUUAAACUUUUAAUUCAAAUCAUAAAGAACUGUUCUGAUACAUUUGCUAAGAGUUACUCAACAUUAGGUGACAUUUAUGCAACGUACUUUAAAGAUACUAACAGGGCAUUUAAGUGUUACUAUAAGGCAUUCGAAUUGGAUUCUAGUGAUAUCGUAGCAGCUAAAUUUGUUACAGAAGUAUACUGUGAUAGUACUGACUGGGAAUCUGCAUCUGAGAUCUGUGGCCGUUUGAUCAAAGAAGAAAAUGCAACGAAUAUCCUUAGAAAAGUGAAUUGGCCUUAUAGAGUAAUGGGUAUUUCCUUUAUUGAAAAACAAAUGGCAGCUGAAUCUAUUGAAUGGUUUCAAUCAGCAAUUCGUGUUGAAUCUCAAGAUACUGAAUCGUGGGUUGGUUUAGGUCAAGCGUAUUUAGAAUGUGGCCGUGUCGAUGCAUCUAUUAAAGUCUUUGAAAAAGUACUUGAAUUGGAUGAGAAACAUGUAUUUGGAAGAUAUUUCUAUUCAAAGGCACUAUCAGAGAUAGGGGAAUUUGAAAAUUCGAUUCCGAUCUUAAACGGAUUGUGUAUCGAAGUACAAGAACAGGAAGCGAUAAGAAUAUUGUUGGCAGAUCAACUAGUUAGCUACGCGUAUGAUUUAUAUGAUGAAGGUUAUUUAAUGAAGUCUAGUUCUGUUACAAUUGAAGCAAUCGAAUCUAUUAAAAUUGCAAUUUGCAAUUUGGGGUGCUUUACCCAAAAUGUCUGGGUUAUUUUAUCGAAGGCGAUAUAUUUAUUCAGUUUGGUAGAGUCAAAGAUAGAUGACUUACCUAUCGAAAAUCUUGUAGAAAUCUUUCAAAAGACUGAAUUAAAAAAUACAGAGGAUAUUGAUUCUGUUGAUAAUGUAAACAUUGAUAAGUUAUUAUCUGAGGAAAAUCCAGACAACGUUUCAAUUACCACACAGUUUUUAAUUCUGUCCGCUAAAUAUGCAGUCUCAUCGACAUCAUUUGAACAACUGGCUGCAACUGUAAAAUCUGCUUGCUGGCACAAUAUUGGUAUUACUGAGCUCAUUACUUUUAUUACCUUAAAAGAAAGCAGAUUCAGGGAUGCCGCUAUUGUUGCUCUCAAAAAGGCUAUCCAUUAUCAAUCAAAUAACAUAGAGACAUGGGUUGCAUUAGGGUUGGUAACUAUGGAUAUCAAUUAUAGAGUUUCGCAACAUUGCUUUAUCAAAGCGGUUGCACUAUCCCCAAAAGAUAUUAAUAUUUGGUUCAACCUAGCUAUACUUGGCUUAAAAAAUAAUGAUAUUAGCUUUGCAUCUGAAGUUAUAUCUAGGACGCAAAGUUUGGAGCCUCAAAAUUCAUCUCCUUGGUUGGGUCUCGCAUUGAUAAAAGAAACUGAAGGUGCUAGCAAAGAAAGUCACAGUUUAUUUACCCACUCCUUCGUAUUAUCUAAUGGCCGCUCCAAGAUAUCACAAUUGUUAUAUGCUAAGAGUGUACUUGAUAUGAGAAUUGGCAAAGGAGAUGAUGAAAGAGAUAUCGAUGCGCUUGAAGAAUUCACUGCAAUGAUUUUUGGUUUAGAGCAAUACUUCAAAAAGAACCCUAACAAUCCCUAUGCCAUUCAAUGUGCAUUGGUCGCUUUAGAAAGACUUCAUAAUUUCAAAAAAGCCCAACAUCUAUGCACCAGACUUAUGGAUAUACUUGAAAAGCAUUUCGAAAUAUCACAGGAUGAUACUGAACUGUUUAACUUUGCUAUCUUAAAGUCACAAAUUGCUCGUAUCCAAAUUGGUGCUGGAGAGUAUGAACAGGCGAUUGAGAAUGCCACAUUAGCUGAAAAUAUCUUAUAUCAAAGUAUGGAAACGGUAUCACCUGAUGCAACUGGAUUCGAAUCUCUUCUAUCAAAUCAUGUAUGCCUCGGACUGGCAUACUUUUUCCUGGACGAUUUCAAUGAAACGUUAAACCAAUUUCAAAAACUUCUUGAAUUAUCUAAAGAAAGCAGAUCUUUAGUCUCCUUACUCUCAAAAGUAUUAUACGAUGUCGGAACUGAUGAUUCAAAAACCAUUGCAUUGCAAGAAUUGAUGGAAUAUACUAGUUCUCAUAACUUUGAUAUUAUGACCACCCUUCUGAUCAGUGCCAUGACUUUCAUCCAAAAUAAAGAAGCUGAUCUGAAGAUUGCAUUAAACCACUUAUUGGGCUUGUCUUUAUACGACCUGACUCAGGAUAGACACAAAGAUAUUCCAUAUUUAAUUAAAGAGUUUAUGAAAAAACUACAGGAUAAUAAGAGGGGUGAACGAAAUGGAAAACUUCACGUAGAUUAUUAUUCUCAGAGAAUUGCUUUCUUAUUCCCUCAAAAUAAUGAAUCAUGGGCUACUAUUGAUAAGAAAAUACAACAACGUAUUGCAGCCGAGGGCCAAAACAAAAUUACCGCUGGCCAAUUAAGUGAUCUUUAUUAUCAGAAGGGUAAUUUAAGAAAUAUUCAGAAAAGUGUUUAUUUAUGUCCUUGGAAUAAGGAAGCUAUCGUGUCUAUCAAAGAAUGCUUUUAA